GAGAGAGAGGCAGGUCGGUGCACUCACACCGGGGACAGGCUGCUUCUCUUCGGCCUCAACAUGGAGUUUCUACUGGGGAAUCCCUUCAGCACGCCGGUGGGUCAGCGGAUAGAGAGUGCGACCAGCUCCAGCCUGCCGUCAGACGACUGGACCCUCAACAUGGAGAUCUGCGAUGCCAUCAACAGCGCAGAGGAAGGACCUAAAGACACCGUCAGAAAGCCCUUAAAGAAAAGAUUAGGGAACAAGAAUUCCAAGGAGGGCAUGCUUGGACUUAAUGUCCUGGAGACGUGUGUGAAGAACUGCGGCUACAGGUUCCACAUCCUGGUGACGACAAGGGAUUUUGUGGAGGGCGUGUUGGUGCGAGCGAUCAUCCCGAGGAACAACCCUCCUUUAGUCGUCCACGACCGCGUGCUCAGCAUCGUGCAGGCGUGGGCGGAUGCGUUUCGCAGCUCUCCAGACCUGACGGGCGUGGUGUCGGUGUACGAGGACCUGCGCAGGAAGGGGCUGGAGUUCCCCAUGACGGAGCUGGACGGGUACUCGCCUGAACAAGCGCCCAAUAAGACUGCUCCUGUGAACGGUGCUGCUGUCACUACGCUCCUCUCUUCCCAACCUCCGCUCAUCUCUCCUCAGUGCUCCGAGCUAAAGCUGGCCCUCGAGGGCAACAAUGCUCUGACUCCCAGCCAGAUAAAGCAGCUGAAGGUAGAGCUGGGAGUGGUGCGCACCAACCUGACCACGAUGUCAGACAUGAUGAGUCAGAUGGAUCCUGUCACUGUGAAGCAAACAGACAUGGAGCUCCUGGAGCAGUUAUAUUCAGUGUGUAAGGAAAUGCAGGACAGGAUUGUGAAGGUGGUGCCGCGGCUCAGCGAGGAAAAGCUGAUCGAAGAACUGCUGGCAGCCAACGACGAGAUGAACACCGCCUUCACCCGCUACCAGAGGUUCAAUACCUUCAACAACUACAUGCUUCUUCUGUACUUCUUCUCCCCUGUGUACAAACUACAUCUUCUGCUGUACCUCUUCUCCCCUGUGUACAACUAG